AUGGCGCUAUCUCCCACCUGCAAGGCGAAAGGUGAUGCAUUAGGGACACAAAAAACAGAAGAUGAGGAAAACGGUUGCCUUGAAUGGUUUUGGGGAUGCAUCGGUUGGACGAAACCCUGGAAAGCCACACUGGAGAGAAGACCCAAUCCGUCGGACCGCCUCAGCUUUGGAUAUGCUGGCACCUCUCAGUCCAUAGGUUUGAGCACGAAAGCCUCUGUCGCCGACAGCAGCGCAUCCUCCGAUGCCCUCGCUCGACAUAUCAUUGCUGGUAUGAAGGUUGUGAAGAGAUUCGCACUUUUCCAGACCUGA